AUGGCUUCUUCUUCGACCCCUUCUUCUUCAUCGGGAAAUGAUGACGAUAUGAUUUCUCUCUCAAAUAAUACGAAUGCCAAUGAUCAGCAACAAAAUCAAAAUGAACAUAUAAUAAUACAAAAGAAGAAAUAUGAAGAAACGGAGGAUGAAACGAAAUUAAGAUUUGAAAUGGAAUUGGAAUUCAUUCAAUUAUUAUCAAAUCCAUCAUAUUUACAGUAUUUAGCACAAUAUAAAUAUUUUGAAGAUCCUGCAUUUAUAGAAUAUCUAAAAUAUUUACAAUAUUGGAAACGACCAGAAUACGCGAAAUUUAUUAGAUUUCCAAAUUGUUUAUUCAUGUUAGAUAGAAUUGUCACAGACGCACAAUUUAGAGAAGAGUGCAAGCUCAAUCCUUUCCGAGAUUUACUGCAGCAACAAAUUAUGUGUCACUGGUCAUUCUAUCGAAAAAAUAGAGAAGAAGCUUUGAAAAAGAAAUCGUUCGAAUUCGAUGAACCAACAAACCCUGCUGAAGCUAAUACUACUAUGAAUGGAUAA